AUGUCCGUCGACUUGAAACAACACUUGGCAUUGGAAGAUUAUUUGGGAGUUCUUGCAGUUUGGUUAGUACUACCUAUAAGUAAUCUAGGAGUUUUUUAUCCUGAAUUUAAUUCCAGGUGUGUUUUCUUCGCAAUUCUUUUCGUCAUCAGUAUUUUCAUCAAUUUCGCUUGCAUCAACGAAGAGGACGAUAUCACAGCUCUUGAACAAGUUUGUUUUUUUUUUCACAAUACAUUUCUAGACUUAUCCUAACUUCAUUUUUUCCAGUGGGGAUACCGUAAAAACCUCGGACUUCGUCUCGGACCACACUCAAAAUCCCAAAUCCGUCGUCAAGUUCCACACCACAUUGUCGAUUAA